GUGCUAUAUAUAUAUAUAUAGAGAGAGAGAGAGAGAGUUUAAUUACAAUGUCAACUGCUUCAUCAUCAAAGGAGACGAUCGUCUUAAGAUCAUGCGACGGGGAGGAGUUUAAGGUCGGAAAAUCCGUAGCAGCCGGAUCCAAAACAAUCAAGCACAUGAUCGAAGACGAUUGUGUUAGCGAAACCAUCCCUGUCCCAAAUGUCACCGGCGAAAUUCUGUCCAAAGUCGUCGGAUAUCUCAAUCGCCACCACCAUGCUAGCGUGAUUAUCAGCGAGGCGGCGGAGGAUGAUACGAAAAUAGAGGAAGAGGAAGCCUUGGAGGAUUUCGAUUCAGAAUUUGUGAAAGUUGAUAGAAAAACUCUUUAUGACUUGAUCAUGGCCGCAAAUUAUCUGGAUAUCAACGAUUUGUUGGAUUUGACUUGCAAAAGUGUGGCUGACAUUAUCAAAAGCCAUAACAACGUCGAUGACAUUCGCGCGGAUCUCAACUUUUAAGGAUAAAUUCACCCCUCCAGAUGAAGAAUAGACAAAGAACUCGACGAGAAUAGGGUGACAAAUUUUGCGUGAAAUUUUUACAUUAUUAGUUUGUUUGAUUUUUUGGCGAUUUAGUUUGUACUCUUUUACAUUAUUAUUAUUA